AUGGCUCUCAAUCUGCGGCAAAGGCAAACAGAAUGUAUUACCCGUAUGUUGAAUCUGAACCAACCCGUUAAUGCAACUGGUAUGGCCAACGAAGAGGUGUACAAGAUCUUGAUCUAUGAUAAGUUUUGCCAAAACAUACUCUCCCCAUUGAUCCAUGUUAAGGACCUUCGUAAGCAUGGUGUGACCCUUUACUUCCUCAUUGACAAGGACCGCAAGCCCGUUCACGAUGUUCCCGCUGUGUACUUUGUCCAACCCAGCCAUUCCAACAUUCAGAGGAUCAUUGCUGACACCUCCAGCUCGCUCUAUGAUAGCUUCCAUCUCAAUUUCUCGUCCUUGAUUCCCCGUCCACUGCUUGAGGAUCUGGCAUCUGGGACUUUGAAUUCAGAUUCAAUUCAUCGGAUUUCGAAGGUGCAUGAUCAGUAUUUGGAGUUUGUGACACUGGAAGAUAAUUUGUUCUCAUUGGCACAGAAGUCCAGUUAUGUUCAAUUGAAUGAUCCCUCUGCAGGGGACCGUGAAAUUGAGGAGAUUAUUGACAAGAUAGUUGGUGGGUUGUUCUGCGUUUUGGCUACCCUUGCUGUUGUCCCAAUAAUCAGGUGUCCUCGUGGUGGACCGGCCGAGAUGGUAGCAUCAGCAUUGGAUCAGAGACUGCGUGACCACUUGUUGUCAAAGAACAAUUUGUUUACUGAAGGUGGAAACUUUGUGAGCUCUUUCCAGCGCCCGAUACUGUGUAUAUUUGAUCGUAAUUUUGAGUUAUCUGUGGGAAUACAGCAUGAUUUUAGGUACCGACCAUUAGUGCAUGAUGUUCUUGGAUUGAAGCUUAAUAGGUUGAGUGUUCAAGGUGAAAAGGGCGGGAUGAAGUCAUUUGAGUUAGAUAGCUCAGAUCCAUUUUGGGUAGCAAAUGGAUCUUUAGAAUUUCCUGAAGUAGCAGUGGAGAUUGAGACCCAAUUGAAUAAGUAUAAGAGGGAUGUUGAUGAGGUCAAUAGAAGGACUGGCGGGACUGAUGGAGCUGAGUUUGAUGGGACAGAUAUGAUUGGGAACACAAAACAUUUGAUGAGUGCAGUGAACUCAUUGCCAGAGUUGACCGCGCGGAAGCAGGUGAUUGAUAAGCACACCAACAUUGCAACUGUGUUGUUGAGUGAGAUCAAAGAGAGGCUGCUUGAUUCUUUUGCCAAAAAGGAGUACGACAUGAUGGUUAGAGGGGGCAUUGAUCGAAGUGAACUUUUGGGUGUGCUUAGAGGGAAAGGGAGUAAGAUGGAUAAGCUGCGGUUUUCUAUCAUGUAUCUUAUUUCUUCAGAAAGCAUUAAUCAGGCAGAAGUGGAAUCAGUGGAAGCAGCCCUCAGGGAGUCUGAGGUCGAUACCCGUGCAUUUCAGUAUGUGAAGAAGAUCAAGGCAUUGAAUGUCUCAUUAGCAUCAGCCAAUUCUGCUAGCAGAAGCAACAUAGUCGAUUGGGCAGAGAAACUAUAUGGGCAAUCGAUAAGCGCCGUGACAGCAGGUGUGAAAAAUCUGUUAUCCAAUGAUAGACAACUAGCAUUAACAAGAACAGUGGAGGCCUUGAUGGAGGGGAAGCCAAAUCCAGAAAUUGAUUCUUACCUUGUGUUUGAUCCUCGUGCCCCGAAGUCAAGCUCAGGAAUGAGUAGCAGCCAUUUGAAAGGACCUUUUAAGGAAGCUAUUGUCUUCAUGAUUGGUGGUGGUAAUUAUGUGGAAUACGGGAGCCUGCAAGAGCUUGUACAACGUCAACAGUCUGUCAAGCAUGUUAUCUAUGGAACAACAGAAAUACUCACAGGAGAGGAGUUUGUGGAGCAGCUUGCAUUAUUGGGGCAGAAAAUGGGAUUGGGUGGUGCUCCUCCUGCUGCUUCAACUCAGUGA